CAAUAUGGGUCAAAGUUCAACGUUAUAUAUUUCGAGUGCAAAAUGAUAAUUUAAAGGAUAAAGGUGUUGCAGUUAUAUUAACGAUAAUUAGUUAUUUAUUUCAAAAUGGCAUUGCGAGGCGUGAAGGUGAUUGAAUUUGCUGGACUAGCUCCUGUGCCUUUCUGUGGAAUGAUUUUAUCUGAUUUUGGUGCCAAAGUGAUCAGAAUUGAUAGGCCUCAUGCAUUUGACCUGGACAGGCAGGGAAGAGGGAAGCGCUCAAUAGCAAUUGAUAUGAAGAAGAAGGAGGGUCUCAGCAUUGUUAAACAGCUGUGUGCUGAUGCUGAUGUCCUUAUUGAACCUUUUAGAGCUGGGGUUAUGGAGAAGCUUGGUUUAGGACCUAAAACUCUUCUGAGUGAAAAUCCUAGACUAGUUUAUGCCAGGCUGACUGGAUAUGGACAAAAUGGACCGAUGUCUACCAGGGCAGGCCAUGAUAUCAAUUACAUAGCCACAUCAGGGGUACUGUCCUAUCUGGGUAGAAAGGGAGAGAAGCCACAUGCUCCUGUUAACCUGCUAGCAGACUUUGCUGGAGGAGGCAUGACCUGUGCUUUAGGAAUUGUAAUGGCCUUGUACGAGAGGUCUCAAUCUGGUCAAGGUCAAGUUAUUGAUUCUAGCAUGGUAGAGGGGUCAGCUUAUGUAGCAAAUUGGUUGUGGAAGUCACAUAAAUUGGAUAUUUGGGGAAAACCUCGAGGAGAAAAUGUAUUAGAUGGAGGUGCUCCAUUUUAUGAUACAUACGAAACAGCAGACAAAAAGUACAUGGCUGUUGGUUCACUAGAACCUCAGUUUUAUGUGAAAUUGAUUCAAGGACUUAGACUCAAUCUUGAUGAAUAUCCUCAGAAUAUGACAGACUCUAACAAACUCAAGCAGAAGUUUACUGAAGUGUUCGCCUCUAAAACUCGUGAUGAGUGGACUGAAAUAUUCAAGGACACGGAUGCCUGCUGUACCCCAGUCUUAGAACCAGGGGAAGCCCCCCUUCACCCUCAUAAUGUGACAAAUAAAUCAUUUCUUCAGAGUACAGAUGGAGGAUUUGAACCGGGACCUGCACCCAGAUUGUCUCGCACGCCUGGCGUCGACAGAGUUUUGGAAGCACCGAGACUUGGGCAGCACACGGUGGAAAUUCUUAAAGAAUUGGGUUUCUCAGGGGAGACAAUACAGAAACACAUUGAUACUGAAAUUGUCCUUCAAAGACAGAAUACAGCUAAAUUAUAAAGUGCCAAAAAUUCCAAAUUAUUCUUUAGGUCAUUAUUUUUAACAAAAGAGGAUUUCCAACAUUAGCUCAUGAUAGAUGUUAACUAAUGAUUGCAGCUUCCAUCUGUAUAUGUUUGAUUCUGUUUGUAUGGGGCAUUUCUGCAUCUCUAUUCAAGAUUUGUCAAUAUACCAGGUAAUCCUUACUAGUUACUGGUACUUCUUUAAAAAAAAACCAACAACAUAUAUUUAGUGUGAUAACCAUAUACUGUACUAUAAGUAAUCCAUUGAUUGUCUUUGAAUCAUAUGUGCUGUGUUUUUAUGUAUGAUUGUGACAAUACAGGCAUUUCAUAUUAAUUUUGUGAUGUUGUCCUUCAAAGAUAGAACACUGCUUUAUUAAAAAAGGCCAGCAAUUCUA